UUCUGCUUUCUCUUGCAUACAUACAUAUAUAUAGAUACCUACAUCUCUAUAUGGGGUUGUUCAUCAGUUAUAGAUGAUGUAAAAAAACAGCGUAAGACCUAGUUGACUCUCUUUCUGAGUUAUGUUUAAAAUUCUUUAUCUGAAUCAUUACAGGAUCCGAGAGAGAGAGUGAGCUCUGGAAAGAUAUGUAUAAAUAUAUCAUGAAGAAGAAGAUUGAAGUAUUGAUAUGGGAAUAGCUAAAACUUCUCCUACUACUACAACUCUCUUGAAGACUCUUCACAAUAAUUCUAUGUCCCAAGAUUAUCACCAAGGAGGAAUCUUCAACUUCUCUAAUGGAUUCGACCGAUCAGAUUCUCCCAAUUUAACAACUCAGCAGAAGCAAGAGCAUCAAAGGGUAGAGAUGGACGAGGAACCCUCAGUGGCCGGAGGUAGGAUUCCGGUCUACGAAUCUGCCGGAAUGUUAUCCGAGAUGUUUAAUUUCCCCGGAAGCAGUGGUGGAGGAAGAGAUCUCGACCAUGGCCAAUCUUUCCGGUCAAAUAGGCAGUUGCUUGAGGAGCAACAUCAGAAUAUUCCGGCCAUGAAUGCUACGGAUUCGGCCACCGCCACCGCGGCCGCCAUGCAGUUAUUCUUGAUGAAUCCACCGCCACCGCAACAACCACCGUCUCCUUCAUCCACCACCACCACAAGGAGCCAUCCCAAUUCUUCAACGCUUCACAUGUUACUUCCAAAUCCAUCCACCAACACAACUCACCAUCAAGGCUACACUAAUCAUAUGUCUAUGCAUCAGCUUCCACAUCAGCAUCACCAACAGAUGACGUGGCAGUACUCUUCCUCCUCCGAUCAUCAUCAUCACAACAACAGCCAAACCGAAAUCGGGACCGUCCACGUGGAAAACAGCGGAGGACAAGGCUUGUCCUUAUCUCUCUCAUCGUCUUUAGAGGCUGCAGCAAAAGCGGAAGAGUAUAGAAACAUUUACUACGGAGCCAAUUCUUCUAACGCAUCACCUCAUCAUCAAUACAAUCAUUUCAAGACUCUUCUUGCUAAUUCUUCUCAACAUCAACAUCAAGUAUUAAACCAAUUCCGAUCAUCUCCGGCGGCUUCUUCCUCUUCCAUCGGAGCGGUCAAUAUCUUAAGAAACUCGAGGUACACAACGGCCGCACAAGAGUUGUUGGAAGAAUUUUGUAGUGUUGGAAGAGAAUUUUUAAAGAAGAACAAACAUGGGAACAGCUCAAACCCUAAUACUAGCGGUGGCGAUGGCGGUGGUGGCAGCUCUCCUCCGUCAGCCGGAGCAGUAAAGGAUCAUCCUCCUUUAUCGGCGUCUGAUCGGAUUGAGCAUCAAAGAAGGAAAGUGAAACUACUCACCAUGCUUGAAGAGGUGGACCGACGGUACAACCAUUACUGCGAGCAAAUGCAGAUGGUUGUGAAUUCUUUCGACAUAGUAAUGGGCCACGGUGCGGCGUUACCGUACACCGCAUUGGCUCAAAAAGCUAUGUCAAGGCAUUUUCGAUGCCUUAAAGAUGCUGUUGCGGCUCAGCUUAAGCAGAGUUGCGAACUUCUUGGGGACAAAGAUGCAGCCGGGAUAUCUUCUUCCGGAUUAACUAAAGGCGAAACUCCGUGGUUGCGUUUGUUAGAACAGAGUUUGCGUCAGCAACGUGCGUUUCAUCAAAUGGGUAUGAUGGAACAAGAAGCGUGGCGGCCACAACGCGGUUUGCCUGAACGCUCCGUUAAUAUACUUAGAGCUUGGCUCUUCGAGCAUUUCCUUCACCCGUAUCCAAGUGAUGCAGAUAAACACCUCUUGGCUCGACAGACUGGUUUAUCCAGAAAUCAGGUGUCAAAUUGGUUCAUAAAUGCUAGGGUUCGUUUAUGGAAACCCAUGGUGGAAGAAAUGUAUCAACAAGAAUCAAAAGAAAGAGAAAGAGAAAGAGAAGAGGAAUUAGAAGAGAACGAAGAAGAUCAAGAAACAAAAAACAGCAACAACGACAAGAGCACAAAAUCCAACAACGAUGAAAGCAACUUCACUGCCGCUCGGACCACUUCACAAACUCCAACGACAACCGCACCAGACGCAGCAGUAGCGACAGGCCACCGUCUAAGAUCCGACAUUAAUGCUUACGAAAGCGACCCUUCAUCAAUUCUACUCCCUUCCUCUUAUUCCAACGCCGCCGCUUCUGCCGCUGUUUCUGACGACUUGAAUUCUCGUUACGGUGGCUCAGCCGCGUUUUCCGCCGUUGCCACGUGUCAACAAGGUGUUGGCGGGUUCGAUGAUGCUGACAUGGAUGGGGUUAAUGUUAUAAGGUUUGGGACAAACCCUACUGGUGACGUGUCACUCACGCUUGGUUUACGCCACGCUGGAAACAUGCCUGACAAGGACGCUUCUUUUUGCGUUAGAGAGUUUGGGGGUUUUUAGUUUGCUUUUGUCACUCCAUUUAAUUAAUUAAUUAAUUAUAGUUUCCAUUUUUACUUUUUUAAAAAAAACAUUGAAAAUCUAUUUAGUCUCUUAAAAGUCAAAAACAAUACAUUAAACUUUAAACUUUAAAGUUUAGCCCUCUCCAAUUAAUGUACAUUGUACAACUUAUUGUUUUCAUAUAUUAUCUGUAUUCUUGGU